CUAAAGUGAUGAAAAAUCCCAGUACGGACUGUUAUCCUAUGUUUAGAGCUGGAGUAAAGUCAUGGAGUUACGCACCGGGACGCGCAGGAGGACAGUAGCGAUGCGGAGCGCACGGCGCGCCUGGAAAAGCUCCGCAAACCAGGACGCGUCCAAAGUUUUACGCUCGCUGCAUUUGCAGGCCAGCGAGCAUGGAGACACUGGCAUGGAAGAAAACUGUUUCUCCAUGCACUUGUUUAAGCAGGUCAGCCUGGAGAACACGGUGUACAAGCCGCCCCGGUACAGCUUGCUUCGGGAGGUCGGACGCGGCAGUUACGGCGUGGUUUACGAAGCCAUCGCCCGAAAAUCCGGAUCACGCGUCGCCGUGAAGAAGCUCCGCUGCGACGCGCCUGAGAAGGUCGAGCUGGCCCUGGCUGAGUUCUGGGCCCUGGCGAGUUUAGACGAGAAACAUGAAAAUGUGGUGCAGCUGGAGGAGUGUGUGCUGGAGAGGAACGGUCUGGCCCAGAAAAUGAGCCACGGCAACAAAAGGUCCAAACAGUAUUUACGCCUAGUGGAAACUUCAUUAAAAGGUGAGCGGAUCCUGAACAAUCCCGACGAGCCAUGCUUCCUCUGGUUUGUCAUGGAGUUCUGUGAAGGUGGUGACCUGAACCAGUAUAUCCUGUCGAGACGGCCCGACCCGCGGAUCAACCGGAGCAUCAUGAAGCAGCUGACCAGUGCCGUGGCCUUCUUGCACAUGCACAACAUUGUCCACAGAGACCUUAAGCCUGACAACAUCCUAAUCUCCCAGAAAUCAGGCUGGCCUACCAUCAAGGUGGCUGACUUUGGACUCAGCAAGGUGUGCGCUGGCCUCAGGCACCUGGAUCAAGGCUCUGAAGAGCAGCCUGACAAGGAUGUCAACGUCAACAAGUACUGGCUGUCUUCGGCAUGCGGCUCGGACUUCUACAUGGCACCCGAGGUAUGGGAGGGACAUUACACAGCCAAGGCAGACAUCUUUGCGCUGGGCAUUAUUAUCUGGGCCAUGCUCGAGCGUAUCACGUUCAUCGACAGUGAGUCGAAGCGGGAGCUCCUGGGCACGUAUAUCCGGCAGGGCAGUGAGAUAGUUCCAGUAGGUGAAGCGCUGUUGGAAAAUCCCAGGAUGGUGCUACACAUCCCACAGAGAUCACGAAGUUCCAUGUCAGAUGCCAUUCGGAUGCUUCUGCACGACAUGCUCGCGGUUAAUCCUGAAGACAGACCAGACGCCUUCCAGCUUGAGCACCGGAUGAACCAAGUCACGUGA